GCUGCUCAUUAAAUAUAAGUUGGUUUACAAAAUCGAAUUCCAUCAAACGGGUUUUUGCUGAACAUGAUCUCUGAUGAUUGGAUUCUACUGAACAACAAAAUUACACCCGUAAUAAUAUCUAAUUAUUUUUAAUAUAUUCUAAUGUAAGGUUAUGCUGCAGAUUGCUUACAGCUUCUAUGCCUUUGACCUAUUAACCCUUAGGAAUGUUGUUCUGAUGGUACUAGAAUAGAACAUUAAGAUUGAUCUACAAACCGGAACCCUUCUCUACUGUUUGGGAAAAAUGAACAGCCGAUACAUUAGCUGGAUAGAAUACGUCUAAUAGAUCACGCUCGGCGAUCGUCUUUGUAUCCUGGCUUGGUUGGUAGGAUAUACCACUGCCAACUGCGUUGUACGCUGGCUCCAUACCACCCUCUACCGACAUCACGGAAUGCGGCAGGGGUGCCAUGCACGGAACAAACACACACACACACACACAGAAGCCAUUCCGAAGCGUGACAAUGCGAGAAGUGAAACGUACACGUGUGAUUUCGUUGUACCAUUGCCGGUGGCCAUUGUGUGUGCGCGCACGACAAGAUGGCAAUUAUUGUCCGUUGCAUUAGCAUGCGCUACCGGUAACAUGUGCGCGACCGUUGACGAUUAGUUCUAUUGCGAUAGUGCUAGCGUAAGGAUCGUUCUGAAGCGAACUGUGCCGCACUGAUGGUGGUAGUAGGUUGAGCAGCCGAAUUUACCGCACCGACCGAAGAUGCGACUGGCCGUGUUGCUGUUGAUGUUUCCGUUGCUGCUAUCGGCGCAUUACUUUCAAUAUGAUCAACGGUACGCGACCAACGAAGAGAACGAUAUUCCGACUGAGGAGGAUCCACCGUUUAGGGUGAAAGAUGAAGAUGCGUAUCUAACGGUGCCACAACUCGUGUGGAAGUACGGUUACGAGAUCGAAAUCCACGAGGUGCAAACGGAGGAUGGCUAUCUGCUCGAUCUGUAUCGCAUUUCGGGACGGCGGGCCGCUUCCGGUCAGCCACCACUCCGUCCGUACCGUAACGCACCGAUCUUCCUGAUGCACUCGCUACUGAGCAGUUGUGCCGACUGGGUACUAAUGGGACCGGGACGUGGCCUUGCCUAUCUGCUCGCUGAUGCCGGUUACGACGUGUGGAUGGGUAAUGCACGUGGUACGCGUUACUCACGCAAACACACCUAUCUCGAUCCGGACCGAUCGAACGAAUUUUGGAACUUUACCUGGCACGAGAUAGGGCUGUACGAUGUGUCGGCCCUGAUCGAUCACGUACUGGCCGUGAGUGAUCAACCGAGGCUGCACUAUGUUGGCUUUUCCCAAGGUACGAUGGUGCUGUUUGUGCUGCUAUCAGAAAGGCCCGAGUACAAUAUGAAGCUGAUCGAUAUGCAGGCUAUCUCGCCAUCGGUGUACAUGUAUCGGCUCGUCGGACGGAUCGUACGUACGUUUGUUCAGCUGGCGGAUCCACUUGUGGCGGCACUCGAUGCUGCCGGUCGGCACGAAAUUCUACCGAACAGACGAUUCAUCGCACCGCUGGUAAAGAUCGUGUGUCCCGAUGCGAAUGUUACCGUGUGCCGGGAGUUGCUGUACGAUGUAGCGGGCAAGAAUCCACCACAGGUGGACGAUAAAAUGUUGCGCAUCUUCCUGGGUCAUUUCCCGGCCGGAGCAUCCCUGCGACAGCUGCAUCACUUUUCCCAGAUCAUCCGUACAACCCGGUUCGCUAAGUACAGCCCUCAACGUGUCACACGAAUAGGCCUUCCCGCAACACCGGCCCCACUAUACAAUCUUACCCGGGCCACCAUCCCAGUCGUAGUGUACUACGGACUAAAUGAUCAUGUGGUUAACUUCCGUGAUGCACUGCAGCUAGCCGAGGAGGUACCGAAUCUGGCCGCUGUUCAUCAGAUUGCCGAUCGGCGCUUCACUCACAGUGAUUUCAUACUGGCGAAAAACUCGGCCCGUCUGAUGAAUGGCCUUUUGCUACAGGAACUCGACCAGUACGAUGGUACAUCUUCGAAUGCGGCACGCUGGAUAGUCAGCCCUUGCUACUUCAUCCAAGCAACACGACAAGUUCACUCCAAACCCUUCGAUACCGUAAUACAAUUUCACGUGCUCGUGAGAACUCAGUGCGAUCGCGGGAUGAUGAUAGCCGUGGGUAUUAGAUUAGAAUCGUUAGACGUAGUAAAGCUGUUCUCCUUCCGAUCGUACGGGCAUGUCAGUAGUAGAAUGGCAUCCGACUCAGAACGUUCGAUUCUAGCUCGGGGCUCCAGUGCCGGACAGCUGACGACCCUGCUGUUGUCAUCGGUCGUACUGCUAUCGUACGGUGUUGUACCCCGAUUCUCGGAAGCAGCAUCGCCUAACCGGCUCCGUUCAGGAGAUGUCAACGAUGUUGGUAGCUAUUUUGCGAUUGACGUCGAAGAUGGUGCACUGCGUACGCCGGAGCUCAUUACCAAGUACGGCUAUCCAGUCGAAAGUCACGAAGCUACGGGUGCCGACGGAUAUAUCAUAUCACUAACCCGGAUACCACCAAAAACACGUCGUCACCAGACACCGAUACUGCUCGUGCAUGGUUUACUAGCGAGUUCUGCCGACUACCUAAUUAUCGGACCCAACAACAGCCUAGCGUAUCUGCUCGCCGACAGGCACUACGAUGUAUGGCUGGCAGAUAUGCGUGGCAAUCGAUACUCUCAACGCCACACGCGUCUGAACAGUAGCUCACCGGAGUACUGGGACUUUACCUGGCACGAGAUGGGCUACUACGAUCUACCGGCAGUGAUUGACUACAUCCUACGGCUUACCGGUGCCCGUCAACUGGACUACAUUGGACACUCGCAGGGAACGACCGUGUUCUUCGUAAUGGCCUCCAGUCGGCCGGAGUACAACGAGAAGAUCGCACACAUGUACGCACUCUCACCGGCCGUUUGUUUGAAGCGUGUUCGAAGUCCUCCGGUACGAUGGUUGCUACAGCACGUGUUUGCCCUCCAGGAUCUGUUCGAUGCGUUCGGGGUGCAACAGUUUCUGCCUCACUCGAACCUACAGUACGAGAUCUCCCGCACACUAUGCCCGUUGACCGAUCCGGACAACAUAUGUAUGCAGGUCGUGAGUAUGACGGUGGGCCCGAAUCCUAAAAUGACCGACAUGAUGGCAAUGCAGGUGCUGGUCGGCCAUGAUCCGGCCGGUGCAUCCGUGAAACAGUUGCUACACUUUGCCCAGUUGCAACGUUCCGGGCAGUUCCGGCAAUUUGAUUACGGUCGGCGCAACAACAUCGAACGAUACAGCUACUGGAAGCCACCGGCAUACAAUCUGAGUGCAGUAACUGCCCCGGUUACGAUCCUUUACGCGUUUAAUGAUUGGUUGGUUGAUCCACGGGAUGUGGUACGAUUUUCCCGGCUGCUACCGGUACAACCGACGAUGCACCUGGUGGAGGAUGAAAACUUUAAUCAUUUGGAUUUUACGAUGGCUAAAAAUGCACGCCCCAUGGUGUAUGAACGUAUACUGAGCGAUCUGGAGCGACGUGAACGUUCGAACAGUAGCGUAUGAUAGCGUUUGCCGAUCGAUGUAAGUAUAAUAAUUUUAUACUGUAAAAUAUCUUAAAAUUCUAAGCACUUAUUACAAAGGAGUACACAGUUCAGCCUGCUAAAGGGUUUAACAAUAGAAGCCAGGCGUGAUGAUAGUGGAAAUAAUGUGCGAUCUAGCUUAAAAGAAUAUUCUUUGAAUUACCUAACGAGUUUCAAAAAGCAUAAUGAGGAGCGUAUAUUCUAAGUUUUUAGCUGAAAAUCUUUAUUAACUAAUGACCUGUAACUGAUUGAUAGCUUAAACAUGUGUGAAAUGGAAAAGUAGUUUCGUAUCUUUUCGUGCGUUUAAAUCUUUCUCCUUUCGUUCAAGAAAAAAAGAACAAUAUUUAUAUCUCAAAUGUUAAUUUCAAAACAUUUUUUUUACUUUUUCGCUAUACCACUCUUCAAUGUUAGCUAGUAAUGUGACACCCAAAGUCACCAGUUGAAGAUCUGCAGCACGAUCAAAGCGGAUUAAUUGAAGAAGAUUUCAAUGCAACGAAAGAGAUGAUACAAACAAUAUGUAAUGAAAUUAAUUAAUUCAUAAAAACAUCAUUUCACAUAACUGCAGUUUAAUCAUUGUUUCCAAAUAAACAACACACAAAAUGGUACCAAAGUAUUGGAUCGCUAAAAGUGAACAAAAACUUACGAUUAAGGGCAACGAUAAUUUAUGAGCCAGCUCUCCAGUAACUCGUGAGACGAUGUUCACCAUCAUAUGAACACGCUCUGUUUAUCCGUGAGAGAUAUUAGAUAGCUACAGAUAUACAGAUAACACACGAUCACGUAAGAAAACGAUAUGUAAAAAGUUAACCAAUUUCCUUUCCGCAAUUUAGUACGAUAGCCAAUGGAAAUAAUAAAAAGGAAGUGUAGUUUGAAAGUCAUAUCGCAUCACCAAAUAAGCUGCUCAUAAUGCCAUCAGCACAUAACGCUAGCAGUUACAAUAGCGGCUGGAAUUGAGCUGAACUUUCAACCUGCAAUCAUUUACCCGCCCUACCUUAGAUACAGCUUCACUCUACGAUCGGUUGCUACUUCCUCUAAUCGGUGCUGUCCAACCCCACUCCAUAAUCAAUCGGCGUGAUUAGAUAAUAGGCAUCUGGUCCGAAAGGUACACAAUUUGAUUUACCGUUCGGUUGCCUAGUGCCGGUGACUAUGGCGCACUAUCUCUAUUUGCAUUCGCACGCCGAUAUUAGCUAAGAUAACAAUCGGCAAUGGUUUGAUGAUUGACGCUCAUCGUCGUUUUUUUUCGCUAUCUCUGUUUUUUGCGCGUUCAAACUAACGCUUAUCGCACGUUCUGUUCACAAUGUGAUUUGUUUUCCUUACUGGUGUUUCAUCCCUUCCCUUGCGCUGGUUGGGAAAACAUGCUAAAUUGUCGUUAAGAAUUGGGAGAAAAUUGCCAGCCAGAGGGGGUUAGGCUUAUUUUAAACCACGCUGGAAGAGACAAUGGUAGCGGGAAUGUUGAUUUAAAUUCCAACGAACAAAAUCGAUUCAAAUCGGCAUGCAUUUUACGCGGUAGAUUUCCAUUAUAUUUGCGAUUAAUAGUAAAACGGUGAGAUUGAAACAAGCGGAUUCUUUUUAUACACAAUAUAAUCAAGUUCAGUGCUACAUUGUGAUAUUAAAUACGACAACGCUAUCGUGUCAAAUGAUUGUUUUAGCUAAGUGUAGCAUUUUGUAAUUUUAAAUGAUUUAUUUUAUGUAACUAGUUUGCAAAUAAUCAUCAUCUUUUUUUCCUGCACCUGUUAAGAUACUUUCAUAAAUACGAUUUACGUUAGCAAGGUCAUUGAAUAGCAUACCAUCACUUCCAAAGUGCAAACAUAUGCCAAAUGAAUUAUUCAAACCACGACACACUAACUAUUUUUAAAACUGAUAAGAAUAAAAAUUUACCUAAAUUCAACGUAAACUAAGUGUCACAAAUAAAUACGCCUUUAAUCUUCUACUAUAGCA